AUGGGGUGCUCAGAGGCAGAUUCGGUGACACCCGGCACCCGUUUCGGUGUCCCCGAGGGCUACUUGUGUCCCCGCUGUCCCCGCUCCCUCGGCGCACGACGGGCGCUGAUUGGCUGCUCCCGGAGGAGGCGGAGGCAGCUCCUGCGCGCGCAGCCGGCGUGGGUUCUCGAGCCCCUCGUGUUCGACUGCCCCAUCUGCAAACACCAGUGUCACCUGAAGGAUGUUGUGGAGAACUACUUCCUGAGGGACAGUGGGGCCGAGGCGGCCGCCACCAGCCAGGGGUCCAGUCAGUGCUGCACCAGCUGCGAGGACAACGCGCCGGCCACCAGCUACUGCGUGGAGUGCUCGGAACCGCUCUGCGAGACCUGCGUGGAAGCCCACCAGCGGGUCAAGUACACCAAGGACCACACGGUCCGGGCCGCAGGCAGCGGCAAGGCGAAGGAGGGGGAGCGCGCCGUGUACUGCUCUGUGCACAAGCACGAGCCGCUGGUGCUCUUCUGCGACACGUGUGACACACUCACCUGCCGUGACUGCCAGCUCAACGCGCACAAGGACCACCAGUACCAGUUCCUAGAAGACGCAGUGAGGAACCAGCGCAAGAUGCUGGCGACGCUGGUGAAGCGCCUGGGCGACAAACAAGCCAGCCUGCAGCGCUCCACCAAGGAAGUGCGCAGCUUCAUCCGCCAGGUGACGGACGUGCAGAAGCGGGUGCAGGUGGACGUGAAGAUGGCCAUCCUCCAGAUCAUGAAGGAGCUCAACAAGCGUGGCAAGGUGCUGGUGAGCGACGCCCAGCGGGUGACGGAGGGGCAGCAGGAGAAGCUGGAGCGGCAGCACUGGGCCAUGACCAAGCUGCAGCGGCACCAGGAGCACAUCCUCCGCUUCGCCUCCUGGGCCCUGGAGAGUGACAACAGCACCGCUCUGCUGCUCUCCAAGAAGCUGAUGGCCGAGAGCCCCGGGGACACGGCUGCGGGCGCUGAGCUCGCCAAUGGCCCCCCUGAAGCUGCUCUCAGAGGAGUGAAGAGGAGAAAACACCUUAAUUCUUCUGGGGAAGAGGAGAAGUUCGUUAAGAAGCUGCUCAUUAAGCGGAGCCGCCCCCCCGGGGGCCCGGUGAGCGCCCUCCUCCGCAAGGUGCCGCGGGUCAGCCUGGAGCGGCUGGACCUGGAUCUGUCAGGGGCGGCGCAGCCCCCCGUCUUCCGUGUCUUCCCCGGCACCUCGGCCGAGGACUUCAGCCUCAUUGUCAUCGAGCGGGGGGCGCAACCGCGGCCCCCCAUCCCCCUCACCGUCAAGGAGGAGCAGCAGGAGGCAGCCAUCAGGGACACCCAGGACACCAAGCCGGUGGGGCUGCUUCCCGAGCACCCCGGGGUGCUGGGACACCCCGGAUCCUCGUUGGGGCUGGGAUCUGUCCCCCCGGGAGCCCCCUCCGGUCCCGGGGUCUCCUGUUGCCGCGUCUGCUGUCAGGCCGGUGCCGUGGUGAUGUGUGACCGUUGCGAGCGCUGCUACCACCUCGACUGUCACCUCCCCGCCCUCCAGGAGGUCCCCAGCCCCGAGUGGAGGUGUCUGCUGUGCCAGGACCUGCCGCCCCCCAGCGAGGACCGUGCCGAUGGCUUCGAGGACGGGCCGCCCCACAAACUCUGCCCCCUGGACCAGCAGAAAUGUGAGUACGUGCUGCUGGAGCUGCUCUGCCACGAGCCCUGCCGGCCACUCCACCCAUGGCGGCGCCCACUGGGGUAA